AGGUUCCACCGUGGAGACUACACGGUGGAGGUGAGCAUCAACGACUACCUGGACAUCUACUGCCCACACUACGAGGAGCCACUGCCAGAGCGGAUGGAGAGGUACAUCCUGUACAUGGUGAACUACGAGGGACACGCGUCCUGUGACCACCGGCAGCGCGGCUUCAAGCGCUGGGAGUGCAACCGCCCCGACGCCCCCAACGGGCCCCUCAAGUUCUCCGAGAAGUUCCAGCUCUUCACCCCCUUCUCACUGGGCUUUGAGUUCAGACCCGGACACGAGUACUACUACAUCUCUGCAUCCCCCCCAAACAUGGUGGACAGGCCCUGCCUGAAGCUGAAGGUUUAUGUUCGGCCAACAAACGAUUCCCUCUACGAGUCCCCGGAGCCCAUUUUCACCAGCAACAACUCCUGCUGCAGCCUCAGGGUUCCGCCGGCCGCGCUGACCGUCAUGCCGGUCGUCUGGACGCUCCUGGCCUCGUAGCACUGACCCCGGGA